AUGAGCGGUCGGCGCGCUGCAGGUCGUACCCCUGGGGACCUUUCCAGUGCUGAGCUGGACCAGCUCCUGGCCGUUGAUGCCGAUGUGGGUGACGAGGGCAUGCUCAUGAGGCCAUCUGCCCGGUCGGUAAGCAUGGCCACCUCGCGCUAUUCCGUGUCCGGGCAUUCUGGCCCCGAGCCAAUUCGUCGACGCCUGGACCGGCGCCUUGUGGCAGCCCUGGUGGGCGAGGCCACCGGGACUCGCCAAAAUGUGGCCGGGCUGCCCCCACCAGCGCCUGAGCCUCCCGCCGCCCGGCCCAGCCCGACAGCACGCCCCCUUCCCCGGAAUGGCAUCCUACCGGCCGAUCAACGGGCACGCCUCUCGCGCGCCCUGGCCGAAAUGGGCCAAAGCAACAGCAUCUUCGAUGCGAGGUCCGGUGGCCUGCCGGUCGACGAUGUCGGUUUGCCCGAGGGCUUCUCCGCGGCACUGUCCGGGCCGGGGAUUGCCUCCGGUGCUGUUGCCAUCCGCGGCCGUGGCCAAUCCGGAACUCGGCUUUUGGACCAGGCAUUUGCGGCGGCCUCCUCCUCUUCCUCGGAUGAGGGAUCAGAUGCGGACACUCCACAUGAAGAUGAGCAUGACCAGCCUGCCGGCAAGCGCCAAACUGUGCCGACAACGCAUGGAAACCCGGCGCCCGGGGCUGCUCGCCGGCCAGUCUCUCGAGCCUGGUCCACAGCCACGCUGGAUGCUGCCCGGCGUCGGCUCCGAGCCAGCCUCCUGCCUUUAGCUGAAGGUGUCCCCUCGGGAGGACGUCCCCUCCGCGACCCAUCGGCCCUCGCCGAGUCCCCAAUGGGCAGCCACUCGACCAGUGGUUCGGAUUCCGACACGCAGGAGCAAAGGCCAGCGCGAGAGCGCCGGGGCGGCCGGCGGCGGUCGCGCAGCCGGAGCCGCUCGCGCGAUCGUCGCCAUUGUCACGAUCGAGGCCGUGGUCGUAGCCGGAGCCCGGAUUCCUCGCGGCCCCGACGCCGGAGACACCGCCGGGAGUAG